UAUCAUAUCAAGACUCAAGCGUAUCGUAUUCCUUCGCAUUUCCUCAGCCUUGGAAUUCAGGCAAAACACAGAGGGAAGAGCAUGGCUUUCUACCCACGAGACACACUUGGUAUCUCUCGUAGAAGAACCAUGUUUGUCGCCGCUGGUUUUCUGGUUGUAUUACUAACAGUUCAACUGGCAAAUUGUGAACUACCAACGAAGUGUUACAGAUAUCCCGGUAAAAAGGUCCCUCAAAGAUGUAUGCCAGAAUUCGGUAAUGCAGCUUUUGGAAAGMGAAUUACGUCCAAYAAUACGUGUGGAAGCCCUCCGUCUUUGUUUUGUGUUCAAACUGGAGUUCUUGAAGUUAAAAAAGAGUGUGAAAUAUGCAAUAACGAUACGAACACACCAUUCGCGCACCCGCCGUCCUUCAUCACCGACAUCAAAGAUGAUCAGAAUCAAACCUGGUGGCAGUCUCAAUCACUUUUAGAAAAUCCUGAAAAAAARCCAGUCACACUMAAGCUAGACUUAGGAAAGUCAUUCGAUGUUUCGUAUAUUCGAAUUCGCUUUCGGUCCCCAAGACCAGAGUCAAUGGCCAUUUACAAAAAGACCUCAUACGACAGAGAUGCGAAAUGGAUUCCCUAUCAAUAUUAUUCAGCGUCUUGUAWGAAAACAUAUGGGAUUAAGCCAUCAACUGACGUCUCACGAAAUAAUCAACAAGAAGCGUUAUGUUCUGGUGAAUUAUCAAGUAUUUCUCCUUUAACUGGUGGWCAGGUAGCGUUCAGUACUCUUGAACAUCGUCCCGAUGCRCUMUACUUUGAUAACAGCCCAGCACUACAAGAUUGGGUGACCGCAGUUGCCAUCAGAAUCGACCUGGAUCGCAUGAAUACGUUUGGAGAUGAAUUGUUUGGCGAUCGAACAGUGCUAAGUAGCUACUACUUCGCCAUCAUAGACUUAGCAGUCGGCGGGCGUUGUAAGUGCAAUGGACACGCUUCGAGGUGUACAGAACGAGCUUCAGCGGACGGGACGACAAUUCAGCUAAAGUGCGAUUGUGAGCAUAAUACAGACGGUGUUGACUGUGAAAGAUGUCUUCCUCUGUAUAACGAUCGGCCAUGGGCUAGAGCUUCACCUUCAAAUCCCAACAUAUGCAGACGAUGCGAUUGCAAUGGCCUCGCAGACAGCUGCGUUUUCGACGAAAAGCGUUUCCAAGAGACGGGYCGUGGCGGCGUCUGCGUCAACUGCAAGAGAAACACCGACGGACCCAACUGUGAGCGAUGUAAAGAGAACUUUUUCCGCGCAACACCCAAAGACCCCUGUCUGUCUUGUAAAUGUAACCCCGUUGGCUCAGUUUCACUGCAGUGUAGAAGCGACGGUCAAUGUCAGUGCAAACCUGGCGUGACUGGUAUCAAGUGUGACAAAUGUAAACCAAACUUCUUUGGAUUCUCGCAAAAUGGAUGCAGGGCAUGCAAAUGUCACGUACCAGGCACCGACCCUUCAAACACCCAAUGUAACGAAAAAGGCGAAUGUACUUGCAAGCGACACGUGAUCGGUCCAAAAUGCACSAAAUGCCGUUUUGGAUAUUAYGGAUUGGAUGAAUCGAACCCACACGGGUGUCGGCAGUGUUUCUGUUAUGGACAUUCAACUGAGUGCAAAGCUUCUCCUAAUUACACAUCUCGUAAUAUUACCACAGAAUUCGACGCAGGGCUUGGAGGCUGGAUCGUCGAGAACAAACAAGGCAAGGAUGUGACAGAUGAGUAUGCAGUCCAUUCGCCCAGAGGUUUCAUYAGUAUGACAGCCGUUGGAAAGGAGACACUUUUUGCCAAGGCAUCCCUCGUAUUUUACGGCAACAGGCGCAGCAGUUACGGUCAGCGGUUUGGUUUCAAGUUUCGCGUUGGUACAACUGAAGGAGUUGCGGUGGACUUUGCUGACAUAACGCUAGAAGGAGAAGGUGGUCUGCAGGUCACAACACAGCUUACAUCACAAAGAAAUCCAAAACCAACCACUGAGUUUCAAACCUACGUGUUCCGCCUCCACGAGCAUCCGUCGUUUGGCUGGGAGCCACGCUUAACUGGCUAUGACUUCCAGAGACUUCUAUCAAACCUCAAGUCGUURAAGAUACGCGUUAAUUACGCGGAUCAGGGCACUGGAAUGUUAGACGACGUAUUUUUUGAGUCAACCGUUUACGACCCAACAUCUCUGCGUCAGGUGAACUGGGUUGAGCAAUGCAGUUGUCCACCACAGUACCGUGGGAAUCAUUGUGAACGCUGUAGCGAAGGUUAUACGCGUGAAUUCGGCGUAGAGAACCGAUACGGAAUCUGUCUCCCAUGCCAGUGUCACGGCCACUCCCAACUGCCAUGUGACCCCGUGACUGGAAAAUGUAUCUGUAUACAUAACACUGCAGGCGCAAAGUGUGACGUAUGCAUAGAUGGUUACUAUGGUAACCCUACCCAGGGUACCCCUCAAGACUGUAAGCGGUGUCCGUGYAAGUUUGGUAAUCGUUGUAUUMAGGUGCAGGAUAGUGUCGUUUGUACCGAUUGUCCUCCAGGUCACUCGGGGAACUUGUGCGACAGGUGUCAAGACGGUUACUAUGGCGACCCCAUGGGUUUAAAAGGUGUCCCGAUUGGUUGUCGAAAGUGUAACUGUAGCGGUAACAUCGAUCCUAACGCAAUUGGCUCGUGCGACCCCCAGACAGGCGACUGCCUUAAGUGUAUCUAUAACACACGUAACGGUCCGUUCAACCAGUGCGAGUUGUGCGCUGUAGGAUAUUACGGAAACGCAACGCACUACCCGAAACCGCAGUGCGAAGCUUGUGAAUGUUAUGCCCAGGGCACUGUAUCACCUCCUGGUCACGAUCCAACAGUUCCAUUCCCUUGUGACGCGCAAGGCCGCUGUACGUGYCUWCCAAAUGUCGUKGGCGACAAAUGUGACAGCUGUAUCCCAGAGUAUUGGAACGUGGGCUCAGGACGAGGAUGCGAGCGGUGUACAUGUGACCCAACUGGUUCCUAUAACAACACWUGUGACGUAAGGACCGGGCAGUGCGCUUGUAAGCCUGGCGUGACUGGUCGGCAGUGUGACCGAUGUGAAAUCGAUCAUUACGCGUUUUCUGAUUCGGGAUGUCUACCCUGUAAUUGCAACCCCCAAGGUUCUCUGAACGUCACGUGCAACGAACAGGGGAUCUGCGAGUGUCGUCCUGGWGUACUGGGCAUUAAGUGUGACUCGUGCAGGGAGAACUAUCAYAACCUSACGGCUGGGUGUAUAGCCUGUCCACCAUGCUACGAUGAAAUUCAAAAACUUGUACAAGGCUUACGAACCAAGCUGCAUGAACUCAUCUACAUUAUCGAUCGAUUCAACACAACUGAUCGUAAARUUAUCGACGUGGACUUUGAAGAUCGUCUCAAGGAUAUCACUUCUCGUGUCAAUAAACUCCUAAARCAGGCYGAGGAGGCCAAUAGCACUGACAAACACCUGCAGAACGAAAUUACUAUGAUUGAUAAACAGGUUAAUGACACAAGGCAGAGGUUAAUUGACGUCUGGCAAAACUCGACCGAUGCAUACUCGAUAGCAGAACAAGGUCUUGGCAAUAUUAGCCAUGCAGAGUCAUCAUUAAACGUUUCAAGGCAUCUUUUGGAUCUCAUUAAUAAACUGUUAAUGGAGGAAGGGUCAAAGGCGUUGAAUGAAUCUGUCAGUAAUGCCAACAAUACGGAUGCUAAUAACAAAAGAAUGAGAGAAAUAUUGGAAAAGACCAAGAAGCUUGCUGACAAACACGAAGCUCACGCUGACGAGAUAACAACAAAGUCCAUCGAGGCAGCAAAUGCAUCUGAACACGUGGUCAAAACCGUCGAUGAAGCUGUGAAUGUCCAGAACCAAACAACAGUUGACAUUGAAGAUCUUUACCGAAGACUCGACGAAACCGAGGAAUUGCAGGAAAUGGCCGAGGCGAACGCUACGGAGGCGCAUCGAAGGUCAAGUGACGCACUGUCAGUAGCCACUGAACUAUACAACAAUGGGACAUCGCCAUUACCGGAGCUAAACAUCACGACGCUAGAAGAAAAAGCCAAUAUGUCUAAAUCUGACGCUCAAAUCUUCAAAAUGAAAUCCGACAAAAUGAUCGAGGAUCUGAAAGGCCUGGUGUCGAGUUUUAAUGGCAAAGAAGAUGAUGUACGAAAGAAGAUGGCUGAAUGGCCUGGUCUUUUGGCUCAACUAAAGCAGUUAUUGACUGAUAUCGAGAAUGCUAAUGCCACGGCUUGGGAGGCAUUCUUAAAUGGAGAAAAUACAUUGAAAAAAGCCAAAGAAAUGAAAGAAAUAUUAGAGAAAUUCAAUUCAAUCAUUGAAAAGUCGAGGAAAGAUGCUCAGAUGGCAGAAGCAAACAUACCAGAGAUCGAGAGACUUAUAAAAUCAGCCAAUGACAAGUCUGACAACGCAACUAAUAGCUUGGGAGAUGCUCAGCAAUUGGCCAGUGAGGCAAAGGACAAAGCGAACGACGCCCAGGGUAUMGCACAAGACGCACAAGAGAAAGCUUCAAAAAUAAGAAAUGAAGCAGAAAAUCUUGCUUUACCAGAGGACACAGUGAGUGAACCUGCCAAGAAAGCAGCCGCAAAAGUCGUUGUUCUUAAAGAAAAAGCCAUGAAAGACAAAGACGCCAUUGCAUCCGCCAAAGAACAAGCUAACAACGCAACUGCCGAGGCGAAGAAAGCGCGCGCAAAGAUUGAAGAAGUUCUCAAGAAAUUACUAGCAUUGCUCAAAGCGAUUGAUAGUCUAGACUCUGUGAACGUCACCCAGCUAAACAAACUAGAGGACAAACUCCAAGACGAGCUUAAUGGACUACGAGCCAUAGACGUUUCGGUGAACAACGUGGAAACGACACAGACUAUCAUACGCGAAAGCAUCGAAAAAUACACKGUCGAYAUCAAGCGAYUGGAGAAAGAGAUGGACAUCAUGAAGUCAGUUCUCGAUGCGCUACCCAGAGACUGCAARAAGAAAACUUCUGUGAUAGAAGGGCARGGUUAAUGUUACCAUGACAAUUACCAAUACAUGAUGACGUCAUUAACUAAUGUUACCAUGGUAACUUCAAAAUACAUAUUGACGUCAGUAAUGACUUAAUGAGGGAGGGCGCUUUGGUUGUACAUUAUAUUGUUUUCUUGCUUUCUAAGAAUAUGUACAAUACCAUGUUGUCCAGACAUAAGAUAAGCAAUAAUUUGAGACAUUUUUGGACAUGCCUUUUUAUGGACACAUUUUUCACUUCCAGUUGCUCAAACAGGAAGUUUUAAAAGCCAUUUUUUUACACUGAGAAAAGUAUUUGUAUAUUGUAAGCGAGUGCAUGGCAUUUAUCUGGGAAAACAAUGUUGUCMGUACACUGUUAACCGGCUGGGAUUUCACCCAAUGUGUUUUCUUGGAUUUAUGACAUUCAAACAAACAUAUUCUAUAAAUGGCUUGUAAUAAGAAUUCAGGGUUAAAACAUUGCAUCUAGCAAGGAAACUCCCAAAGAAAUUCAGACUUACUAACCUAGUUUAUUACAAAAAUGUAUGUGGAAAGGACAUUGAAACUGUUUUCUCAUUAAAUUUAGGGUAAUUUGAUAGUAUUAUAUAGUUAAAUCAAAUAGCAAAAAUUUAGAUGUUUUUGUUGCUUCAACGGUUUUCUGUUUUAGGAACCAAAUUUCAAAAAAAUGCAAGUAAUAAAUAAAGUUAUAUUUGUAUCUUGGA